AUGAAAAUGGAACUGCCGGUGUUGUUCGUCUCGGAUGGGGUUGUUUAUCCGCAUGCACAGAUCAAGCUGCCUAUUAGGAGUAAAUCCAAGUAAGUUGAUCGUCAAGAACGUGCCAUUUUUAGUGGCCUUAAAGCACCUGUUUAUUUAGUAGCCUCAAAAAACCUGUAUAAUCAUGUAGAUUUGUCGAUAUUUCAUCAAUUUUAAGACAAUUUGUUUUCAGUUUCUUCAUGAUAGAGUCAUGUUUGAUGGGCAAGAGUGCGUUUACAAUGGUCGCCAUUGUUUAUGGGACAGAUCUUCCAGAAUCUGAACAGGUGAGAGUCAUAAGACCUGGUCGUUCUUAAACUUUUUAAUCAGCAGUUUUUGUUGUUGACUUUGAUACAGAAUACAGAUUGUUCAGUCCAAAUUUUGUAGUAAGAGGCCAAAAAAAAGUGUUCGUUAUAGGGAGGUUUUGUUACAAAAAGAUUUAUUUUUGCCUAAAAUUUGAUUUUGGGACCACUGAAUUUGUUUGUAAUAGCUAGGUUUUGUUAAAAAAAAGGUUUAUUUUUUUGUCUCACAUGUCAGGUUAACUAUUAGGACUUUAGGACCACUCAGCUUGAUUUUUAUACACAAGUUUUUUUUGUACGCAGAGAACAACAUAAUUGGCUUUUUUGAGAAAUAUAUUUACAAAAAUUUCAUAGAAACAUUUGCUAUUUUUUUUUUUGAGUUCCAAAACUUGUGAACCCACUAGUUUCCUAUACAUAUUUCUUCCAGAAAUUCUUCAACAUUUGCACCAUCGCCUCUGUCGAGAAAGUGGUAUGUUGGAGCACAAACAACACCGCAACCCAAUACACUCUCCACGUCCGUGGAAUCGCUCGAGGAGAGAUUGUUAAACACGGAGUUCCGUUGAUCGAAAUUAAUCAACUUUUGGAUCCAGAUGUUCCAUUGCCAGAGCCCUCGGUAAUCUCCGACUUUCUUGCGCAUUUAAUGGUUUUAUUGUCGUUUGCCCCAGCGAAUUCCACAAGAGACAAUUUGAGGGUAGGUUGAAAAUAUUGGGUUAGGAUCUAGCUGGCGUUGCAGCGAGUCUUGGCCAACAAAGAUCGGGACAUCAACAAGAUUGUCUACUUGACCAUGGCUCUUCUCCGCAUGGUCUCUUAUCACGAUCAGCUCAAAUUCUUGGCUGAAAACGAUGGCUUCAAGCGCAUGGAAAUUGCGCUGCAGUAUGCGAAGGAAGCAAUCAAAGCCUACGGCAGUGUUUCACCAAAGGAUGAGUUGGAUGGAAGCGCAGCGUUGCUCCCAAUGAAUAUGUUGCAAAAUAAACGCCCUCCGGUCAAGAAGAGGCUGAAUGAGCUAGAGCAGCUGGAACAGGACUUGCAAGGCUGUGAGCUGCCUGAAGGAACCGUAAAAGACAAUGUAAUGGAUGAUUUCCAAAGGCUGAAAAGUCUGCCAAAUGGCUCUCAUGAUUAUCAAGUUUUGUAUGGGUAUUUGAAGCUUGUUGCGGCACUGCCAUGGAACAAAACAACCGAAGAUUCUUGUGAUCUGGAAAAGUCAAGGUAAGAGCUGUUUAUAUCAUGUACUUGCUUACAUCUUAACUCAGAUGCAGCUAGACUAACAAUGAUUUUUCAGAAAGAUCCUAGACGCCGAUCAUGAAGGAAUGGCGGACGUGAAGAAGCGAGUUCUUGAAUUCCUGGCCGUCAAACAAAUGAAGAAAGAUAUCAAGGGUCCAAUCCUCUGUUUGGUUGGUCCUCCGGGAGUUGGGAAGACCAGUAUUGCCAAGGCAAUUGCAGACACUUUGAAUCGAAAGUUUGAGCGAAUUGCUUUGGGCGGAGUGCAUGAUCAAAGCUCAAUCAGAGGCCAUAGAAGAACAUAUGUUGGAGCUAUGCCUGGGAGAAUUAUUCAGGCCGUAAAACAGGCCAAGACUAGGAAUCCAGUGAUUUUAUUGGACGAGGUGGAUAAAAUGGUAGGGUCUGCAAUAAAAAUGCAAUUUUGAAACUCUUUUCCAGCCUUUUUAUAAUACUUAUACACUUUCUAUAAGCAUGAAGUUUUCAUUUUUGAUUUCAGGGUUCCGGACCGCAAGGAGAUCCAGCUGCAGCCCUCCUUGAAGUCCUAGAUCCCGCACAAAACCACACCUUCCAAGACCAAUACCUCAAUCUUCCCUUCGACAUUAGCCAAGUCCUCUUUGUCGCCACCGCAAAUGACUCCAGCACAAUUCCCGGCCCUCUAUUGGAUCGAAUGGAGUUGAUUGAGAUGUCGGGCUACACAAUGUCUCAGAAAGUCGAAAUUGCCAAGAAGUAUAUCAUUCCAAGACAGCUGGCAUACCAUGCGUUGACUCCGGAUUAUCUGGAGGUCAAGCCUGAAGCGUUGGAGAGAAUUGUGUCAAGAUACACUCGAGAGGCUGGAGUUAGACAACUGGAGCGUACGGUGGCGGCGAUUUGCCGAUGGGCAGCGUUGAAGGUGGCUGAAGUCUUGAAUGGCGGCGCAGUGGAGUUGGAUACCGUGUCAAAUAAGCUGAACUUGCCGAUUGUUGUGAAAGCCGAGACUCUGCAGGAGAUUUUAGGGGUAGGUCUGGGUGAUUGUCUAUAUUUAUCACUGUGUAUAGAGCUGUUGCGUAUUUUACCACUAGUCAUGUUUGCCACUAUUUUUUCAUGUUGUGAAUUGGUUGACAGCCCUGCAAGUCUUUUGAAAAUUAUUCUGUUUUUUUUUGAUUUUUGUAAGGUUGUGAGGUCGUAGCGGUAUUUUGAAUCUCUUUCAUGUCUAUGAUGACUAUUUUAACGUGUUUUUUAUAUAUCAUCUUUUGAUUUUCCUUGCAUGUAUUUAACUCUCAAAGGAAGCUUAUUUCGGGCCCAACAAUUCGAAGAUCCCUUUCCUUCAAAGUUAUAAUACAAGUUUCACCUUUUUGAGUUUGCACUUUCAAUUUCACGGAUCAUUUCCCUUGUUUCCAAAACCGUCUUUUGACGUCAAGCCUUUGAAAUCUCCAAAAUUCACCUCAUUCGCCUCGCUUUUUUUAGAAGGAGCGCUUUACCCGUUCACGUGCCCUCCUGAAACACGCCUCGCGGAACGUCGGCGUGGCGCUGGGGCUGGCGUGGACGCCGUUCGGCGGCGAGGUACUGGUUAUUGAGACGGUGCUGAGUGCGGGCACUGGGAAAGUCAACCUGACCGGAAAGCUGGGUGAUGUCAUCCGGGAGUCGGUCCAAGUGGCCCUGAGUCUGCUGCGGAGCAAGGCCGGCGAAUACGCGCUGGACUUUGGUCAGCUGAAAAAUGUAAGUGAUACGGAGGUUGUUGGGAAAAUGGGGAAUAAAGGAGAUCAGGGAUAUUUGAAGAUACUGUUAGGGAUUUUUAAGACAAGGCAAGUAUCAGUCUGUCGGAAAAAUAAUGAGCACAAUGUCGCAUCGAAAAUCGCAUCGCCGCCGAGAAAAUAAAUUGUGUCGCGGCAAAAUCAAAUUGCUUUUUACUUCACCGACAGGUUCCGAGUGAAGCGACAUUGUGCUCAUUAUUUUCCCGACAAAUUGAUAAUCAAAAAAAGCAUUUAUUGAAAGGGGUAAGCUGUACAACAUUGACUAAUUUUAAUGACAAAUCAACAACUAAACAGCAAAAUUUUUAAGAAGCAUUUCCAGUCUUUAUAACUUUCAAAGAUAGCAAAGUUAUGACGAGUUAAAGCUAUAUGUAAAAUGUUUCUUAAAUUUGAAAUUCCAGUCCGAUCUUCACGUCCACAUGCCGGCCGGCGCAGUCUCCAAAGACGGGCCUUCAGCCGGUUGCGCUUUCACCCUGGCCUUGUUCUCCCUUCUUUCCGGAAGAAAGGUCCGAUCAGAUUCUGCAUGCACCGGGGAAAUUUCGUUAACCGGGAAGGUGCUACCGGUAAGUAAUUUUUUUUCUUUUCACAGCUUCGACAUCAAUAUUCUGGCUUUUUAUCAGUCUGUCGGGAAAAUUGUGAGCACUGCGUCGCAUCGGAAGUCGCAUCGGCGCCGAAAAAGUGAAUUGCGUCGCUGAAAAAUCAAAUUGCUUUUCACUUCAGCGACACAAUUGGUGCGGCAAUAUUGCGUUCAGCAUUUUACUGGCAGACCGAUAUUGCCUUUUGAGAGACAAAGACACUUUUUUUGAAAAAAUAGAAUGGAAAAAAUGAGGCCGACAUGAGAAAAGAGCUCGAGAAAGCAAAUAUACAGGGAAGUACUCCAAGUGCGACGCUCAGGUUUUCGUUAAAUUUUGCACACACGUCGGGAAUAGACUAAAUAUCAAUUCCUGAAAGUUUUAGCUCGCGCUUCGCGGGCGCCGCCGAGAUAUCGAACGAUUUUUGCCGCCGAGAGAGCACGCUAAACGUGGAGAGCGGUCAGAGAGAAAACACCUUUUUGGCCAUAACUUUGGCAGUUUCGUGCGGAAAAAUUUGAUUUUUUGUAGAAACAUUAUCCUUUACGGUUGAAACAGGCACGAAACUUUCCGUGCCGAAAUUCGGCAAAAAGUGCCAAAUUUUCGCCGACUUUCAAUCUAAAAAUCUCGGUUGUUUCUGCAAAGCGCGAGCUAGGAUUCUCGCAUAUAUUUUAGAAAAAAUUAUUCUAAAUUUGUGCCAUGUUUCAUCAAAAUCUGAGCGUCGCACUUGGGGUACUUCCCCUGUUAGCGUCUUUUUUUUCAAAAAUCCCAAAAUCGGUCUUAUUUCUUCACUCUCAAAUUUUCAUUUCCCAAAUUGGCGUCUAGAUUCCAAAUAUAAAUUCUUAAUACUGUAACCUCCCCUUUAUCACUCUUCAUAGUACAUUUUUCCCAGAGGAUUUUUCAUUUUUUACCGUAUAAGUUAUAUAAAAAGUCCGGACUCCGGACUAGUCCCCCAACAACUUCCCAAAAAUAAUAGCAAAAUAUUUAUAUUUUCUCUUUUCCCAAAUUUUUUUCUUUGAUCUUCUCCGUUGCAGGUGGGCGGUGUGAAGGAAAAAGUGCUGGCUGCGCACCGUGCCGGCAUUAUGCGGGUCUCAUUGCCCAUGGAGAACAAAAGAGACGUGGCGGAUUUGGAUCCCAGCGUUGUGGUGAGUCAAUAGACGCCCAUUAUAAGUGAAUGCAUGACGAUUUCAGGAAAAGAUGAACAUUUUCUUCGUGGACAAUGCGGACCAGCUAAUCGCGAAAAUGAUUCAGAAUGACGAGACGGACGCCGCCAAGUUGUAG